CAAGUGUAUGAGGGGUGGAUACAUGAUAAUGAGAAUGUGAUUGCUAAGACGCGAAGAGAAGGAGAGGAGAUACUGAGAAAGGAAGGUGAGGGGAGCAAGGAACUUUAUAGUACAGUGAGUGUUGAUGCUCAUAGUUGCAAUCACUCGUACCUGUAGCAACUUGCCAAAUUAAAGUUUCUGUUUCGUUCGCAUAUAGUACCAUAUAACUGGAAUAUUUGGUGACUGAGGAAUUUGACUGUACCACCUGUGCAUGGUUUAGUGAUUACUGUGUUUACAUUAUCAGCCUUGAUUACUAUGAAUAUGAUUAGUGGUUUGAUAUUGCAAGCUUGAUUGCACAUGCACAAAAACAAUUGUUUUGCUUAUCCAGCUAUGAGAUGAGCACCCCUCUAGGCCUUAUAGUAUAAGCUAAAGUGGAGCUAUUCAUAAGCAGUGAGCAGCACUAGGUAUUCAGAUUGAGCUUUUGUACGUUUAGUGACCACACCUGUCAUGCGCAGGAAAGUGGGUGUGGCUUCCUGUGCUUGGGCGUUCAAAUGUUUUCCGCUCGCUCUCAGUACCUUCCUAGCUACUGCAUUUCCCACUGGCUUGUGCAACAGAAUCAGCACAAAUGCAGAGACUAUAAUUAUAUGCAAACAGAACAGAAACGUUAAUUUGUCCUCUACCGUGACUAUAGUUAUUAGUAGACUGUACGUAUAAAAUCCAUUGUACAAUGUUUGUAAUCCCGCUCUGCAUUUUCCAAUUAUUUACGAGGAAAGUUAAAAUGUUUUUGCUCUCAGUACCUAUAUAUUGCAAGCUUGAGCGCACAUGCACAAAAACAAUUAUUUUGUUUGUGCAACAGAAUCAAACUGAAGUGCAUACCCUCGGUGUUAGUUUGAGGUCUAUACGUUUACAGCCUCGAGUCAAAGUCACGUGUAUAUCUAGGCCAACUUGCAGUGCAGUUCAUGCUUUUUAGCUUUUGCUCGACAACAAAGCUUUAACCUUUAAUAUUAUAAAACCUUGUUGUGUUGAGGCUAUCCAUGGUACCAAUACAGUGCUAUCACAUCCGGGUGAGUAUAGACUCAUAUCCACAGACACACAGAUUGACUACUAUAGCCCGUGGAGUGCCUCGGGUUAACAAACGCAUCAUAAACUUUAAUCUGUCCUCUACUGUAUACAUGUAGUGUGUACGUACAGCUGUUGUUCGCUGUCUCAAUGUUUCAAUGUUGGUAAUCCCGCUCUUAUUAAACUGUUGGCUUCACCUCUUUCAUUACCUUAAUAAGGUUUGUAUGCAACCACUCAAAUCAUGGAUUAAUUGCACAAGCACAUGCGUAGACUUAAUCUAUGAUUAGCCCGCCUAGCCUUGGUCAACACACACAAAUUACAUUACUACAAGUGUGUUUGACAUACCUGACAUGUAUUUAUAUGGUGUGUAUUAGUUGCUUACUCCCUUCCAUGUGGUCCUGGUUUGAUCAAGCUAGAGCAUUGUUCCUUUGACUAUAUUCCACACACUGUGGUACAUGUGUUAUAAUUAAUUAUGGAUACUGUUUAUCGGACAUUGCAUCAAUAUAUGCGCACAUACAUGUACAGUCACUGUGAUUGAGUGAUUGGGUUGGUAACGUUGUACUGUGUACUUAGUGACAUCAUCAUGUUAAUUCGCACAUUCCUGUAAUGAUCAGCCACAUUCCCUGUCAUUGGUGGGUCACUCACUUAGCAAGCUUUAAAGUUUUAUGUACGUACAGCUGCUGUAUCCAUUGUUUGUAGCAGAUCAAUGCCGGUAUUUCCAUUAAAUGCUUUUCUAUUGUAUAACUAGAGCUACCUAGUUGCCUUCCACACUCAAUGUACUCUAUUGUACAUGCACCAAGUUACGUAUGAUUUGAUGUAAUUUUGUUUACAAUACAACAUGUAUGUGUGAUCACAAGUACUGUUAUUGUAUUGUGUUUUCACACUGUCUUGGUUGCGCAGAAUGUCAAUGCAAUUAACCCUGAGGCGUGUGGGAGACUUUAACAUCAAAAUCUGAAACACUAAUAACUUGUUUUGUUGAGGCUAUAUCCAAACCAAUGGACUACCUAACCUGUAGGGUUGAUUAUGCCAAGCCAAUUGACAGACUACCGUAUAGCGGAUAAUUUUUGUGGGGUAAUUAAAAUAUUCGUUAUUAUUUUCGUGGGCAAGCUGACCUAGGCGUGGUUGACCAGAACGCAUGCAAUGCAGUGCAGGCAAUGGACAUUUUGACUCACGAACAUCACCGUGUUCGAUUUGAACGAAUUUUUACCCCACGAAAAUUACCCGCUACGCAUGCGAAAGAUAAUAAUAAUUAUUUGGUGAACAUUUUGAAUUGAUUCCUAUGAGCUAGCUUGUACAGUGCAUGGUAGCUAUAAUUAUAGCUGGUGAUAUCUAUCUGGAAGGACUCUCUGGGCAUGCUGUUACCUUGUCUGAUCAUGCUGAGAGAAUGUGAGACGUCCUUUUGUUCCAAGUUCCUUGUCAAUAUGUAUAAUGAUAUGAAUUUAAAGUGAACUGUAAAUUGAACUGAACAUAUAUAAUCAUGAUAUAUCCGGUUACUGGGUGGGGCUAGAAUAUAACUGCAUUAUAGGCGCAUUCUCGAAUAUAAGUAGCUAUUGACCCCAUGCAUGAGCGCAUGCGCUAAUAAUCCAGUUUCUACGAUAGUCUUGUCACCUAGCUGUGAAGUAUUGCAUCUAGUUAGUUACAUUCACACAUCCUGUUUAGAAUCUAAGCGGUUGUUUGAUGAGGGGAUGAAGCACGGACACGUCUUGGUCAACAUUGUCAACAUGCUCGUGUUUGGACCGGCGGGAACAGGGAAGACCAACCUCAAGCACCUGCUAACUAACAAGCCCCCUCCACUGCAGCGAGACAGCACUCCUUGUAUGGAAAAGCCAGUACGCAUUCGACCUGUGUCCAACGCAAAAUUCAGGUCAACUGGAAGAGGCUGGGAAGAGAUGUCUCAGUCAAAACUGCGCAAUCUACUAGCUCAAAUCAUCGCCAAGCUACCAAAAGAAAGCACUGAUCCAUCUACGGCAUCAAGGGUUGCCGAAAGCUUGAAGAAGAUGACCACAACCGAGCCAAGAUCGAUAUCUGGUUCCGAUGAGCAACUUUCUGAUUCCGAUGAGCCAUUUUCUGAUUGCAGUUCGAGCAACGAUUCCGAUGAAAUUUCUGGCUCUGCAAAGUUGGACGAAGCCAUCGAUGAAGUGAUAGCGAGUGUAGUGAGUGGUGUGGCAGAAGAGCUGAAGCCAGCCUCACAGGGAACUGACCAACUGUCGAGCAGUGACCAGCAAGAAGGUGAACUGUUUGAUUCCAACUGGGUGUACGUUACCGACUGUGGAGGACAACCCCAAUUCCACGACAUCAGUCCUCUCUUCAUCAAGCACAUUUCGGUGGCGUUGAUAGUCCUGCGUUUGAUUGACGAACUCUCCAGUUUCCCUUCUGACGAGUACUACAAGGAUGGGCAACUUGUUGGUAGUCCUCAUGCAUCUCACAUGACCCUCGGGGAGACACUUCAGAGUCUCAUUCGAUCCAUUGAGUCCCAUACCUCACAGGACAAGAAGCCGAAGAUGAUCUUUGUGGGCACAUUCUUGGAUCAGCUCAAGAGCUUGAAUACACUUACCAAGAGGAAUCAAGAAAUUCUCGACAUGCUGCCACCUGAUAUCAAGAAGCUUUUGGUGUACGAAGAUCUUGGAUUGAACAAUCUGAUUUUUGGCCUCAACACGAUCAGCCGAGAUGAUGAUUCACUGGCCACUGCCAAUAGGAUUAGAAUUACUGUUGAGCGUUCUAUUCCACUACAAGUCAAAAUGCCCAUCUGGUGGUCCUUCUUGGAUUCACUUCUCCAGAGUUUAUCUGCCACUCUCGAGCGAGGUGUACUAAGCAAGCAAGAAUGUCUCCGAUUAGCCACUCGAUUUCGUUAUGCGCUCCAAGAUCUUGAAGCUGCUCUGGACUUCUUUGACGAGGUGUGUAUAGCGCACUACUAUCCCUCCAUUCUCCCCAACACAGUGUUUGUGGAUGCCCAGAUUCCACUAGACAAAAUCACCGAACUCUCACAGCACGCCAUCUCCCUGAGGAGUGCUGAAGUCAAAUCACACUCUACUCUAAGCUCAGGAGGGAUCGAGGCCGAAUGGAAGAGAUUUCGAGACGAAGGCAUAAUCAAUUUAAAGUUCCUACGAUUCUUUGAGAAGCAUUACGUUGAAGGCAUCUUUUCUCCAGAAGAUAUGCUGUUGAUCAUGAAAAAGCUUCUCGUGAUUGCUCCCAUUCCACUAGUGGAGUCCACUACCCACCAAGUCGAGUUCUUCAUGCCAUCUCUACUUAAAUCUGCUCCCAUUGCUGAACUGGACAAAGUCCGUUCCUCAUCUGUCCCCCUCGCUAUUCACUUCCCUAGUGGGUGUAUUCGUUCUGGUGUCUUCUGCUGUACGGUUGUUGAUGUAAUGCGGAGGCUUGGUUGGGAAGCUGUUCUCCCCUCAAGUGGUCCGAUACUUUUCGCUAAGAAUUGUAUUCAAUUUCGAAUUCCGAGUCGUCCUUGUGUCAUCUCAUUGGUUGAUUCCUUCUCCCGUAUUGAAGUGUAUGUCGAAGCCCCCCCUCCAUUACGCAAAGAGUUGUGUCCCAUAGUUUGUUCUCAACUAAUGGAAUCCAUCAAAGCUGCUUGUGUUGUUUUGAAUUACAACAAUGAUACACCUAAAGCAGCGAUCUUUUGCCCAUGCAAGAAGAGUGGAAACAAGUUGCACGUUGCCGAUGUGAGUGUGGAUGGCUAUUGGAUGUGCUCCCUUCAUGCACGUGAGUGGGGAGAGCUCAGUGACCAACAUAGAAUCUGGCUGGACAAUAGCGAAGGUUCUGGUGAAGCCUCCUCAGAUGUGAACACUGAAGGAAAGAGACAUCAGCUGCAAUACUCCGGUCCAUCGUCCCCUGUAAUGGAACCUGUGUGUAGAAUGAGUGAUCAAUAUACCAGUAAGGAUGUUUCCGGUGCAUCAUCGUCUGCUACGAGAGGUACUUGUACGAAGACUGAGAGAAGGAGUGAUCAGCAGCAAUACUCUAGUGCGUCAUCCUCUGUUACGGGAGACAUGUGUACAAAGAUGACAUUGAGUGAUCAGCAGCAACAAUCUGGAAAACCAUCCUCUGCUACGGGAGAUACUCUUAUGAAGACUGAGAGAAAGAGUCAUCAGCAGCAAUACUCCGGUGAAUUGUCCUCUGUUACAGUAAUGGAAGAUGUGUGUAAGAAGACUGGAGUGAGGGACCAACAACUAGAUCAAGAAAUCCCUGAGAGUGACAUCAUUCUAAUCGCAGAGAAAUUUCCUCAUCUGCUGAACGUGCACAAGGCUUUGACAAUGACCGAUCUGCAACAUGUUUACGAGAAACUUAAAAGUGCCAGCCCUCACUGGUUCAACCUGGGAUUGGCUCUAGGUCUAACUCAUCCUGAUCUCACCAACAUCAAUAUCAAGUGUCGUGAAGAUAAUGUGUUGUGCUUGCGUGAAAUGUUGGCCAAGCUCCUGAGUACACAACAUGUAACAUGGAGUCUCCUGUCAGAUGGUCUCAAAAGGCCCACUGUGGAUCUCAUCAAUUUGGCUGAUAGCAUCACAGGAAAACCAUCCUCUGCUACGGGAGGUACUUGUACAAAGACUGAGAGAAAGAGUGAUCAGCAGCAAUACUCUGGUGCGUCAUCCUCUGUUACAGGAGACAUGUCUACAAAGAUGACAUUCAGUGAUGAGCAGCAACAAUCUGGUGAAGCCUCCUCAGAUCUGAACACUGACAGAAAGAGACAUCAGCUGCAAUACUCCGGUGAACCGGUGUGUAAGAAGAUGAGAAUGAGUGAUCAAUAUACCAGUAAGGAAGUUUCCGGUGCAUCAUCGUCUGCUACGAGAGGUACUUGUACGAAGACUGAGAGAAAGAGUGAUCAGCAGCAAUACUCUAUCCAUCAAUGUGGGACUCUGGCCAAUGUUGUUAGUAGCACUGGAUCUGGAAUGAGUGAUCAACAGCCUUGUUUGAGUAAUUCUGUAAUGGAAGAUGUGUGCUUGAAGACGGAAGUACAUGAUCAUGAUCAGCACAAUACUUCUGACAAAUUGUCUCCUGCAAUGGAACAUGUGGUCAAUACAACGAGUGAUCAACAUACCAUAAUGGAAGAUGUGUGUAAGAAGACUGGAGUGAGGGACCAACAACUAGAUCAAGAAAUCCCUGAGAGUGACAUCAUUCUAAUCGCAGAGAAAUUUCCUCACCUGCUGAACGUGCACAAGGCUUUGACAAUCAACGAUCUACAACAUGUUUACGAGAAACUACAUGAAAGUGCCAGCCCUCACUGGUUCAAUCUGGGAUUGGCUUUAGGUCUAACUCAUCCUGAUCUCACCAACAUCAAUAUCAAGUGUCGUGAAGAUAAUGUGUUGUGCUUGCGUGAAAUGUUGGCCAAACUCCUGAGUACACAACAUGUAACAUGGAGUCUCCUGUCAGACGCUCUCAGAAGGCCCACUGUGGAUCUCAUCAAUUUGGCUGAUAGCAUCACAGGAAAACCAUCGUCUGCUACGGGAGGUACUUGUACUGAGAGAAAGAGUGAUCAGCAGCAAUACUCUAACACAGCUGCUGAUGUCACUGAAGGAGAUACCUCACAAGAUGUCCUCACUUCAUAUCCAUACACCAUUCCCUCAGGAGCUGGUGGACCGAGGACUGUGACCAUUGAGGAAUUGAAGGAGCGUACUCAAAUCUCUUCCGAUGAUGAUGAUGAUGAUGACAGCAUUGAUUCAUGGUAUUCCACUAACGAACCAGUAGAGCACCACCCAAUAGAUGAGGUUGUGGAUACAGUGGACACUCCUAGUGAUGUCACUGAUCCAGACAUUCUCAUCAAUGAACAGAGCUUCUCUCAAGCAUCACCAGUAGAGCACCACCCCACAGCUAGUGACGAGGCUACUUGUACUACAGCCCUGCAGUCUACCCACAGAACAGAGCAACAUACAACAGCCUCUACUGUACUGACUGAUGCUGUACCAUCUGAUGUCACUGAAGGAGAUACCUCACAAGAUGUCCUCACUUCAUAUCCACACACCAUUCCCUCAGGAGCUGGUGGACCGAGGACUGUGACCAUUGAGGAAUUGAAGGAGCGUACAAAAGUGACCGACUCUCAACUUGAUACUGAAAUUGAAGAGACAGACAUGAUCGUUCUGGCAGAUCACUUUGACAAUGUGGAGACCUACCCUGCUAUGCUGGGACUGAGCCCUGCUGAACAGAAAGAUGUUAAACUUGAUUGGUAUCUCAAUGACAUGCAAACAGCAAUGUUUCAUACUCUAAAGGUGUGGAGACAGCAUAAUCCAGGUGCAGCCACGUACCGAGCACUAGUGGACAUCGUACUGGAUAUGAGAAUGGAAGAAUUGGCCACUUACAUUUGUCAGUCAGCAGCUAGAAAACCUGAACCUGUGGUGUGCAAUAGAACCUAACUCAUUAUUGUGCAUGUCAUACUUGUACUGUUUUAGUUAAUUCCUUGAUCUGUGCUAUUUGUGUGAAUUCAUUAAAAAAAAUUGCCCAUUG